GCAUAUUUUUACUCCUCGGUGACACUAUAUAAAGGAACAAUUGGCAUUGUGUAUGCUGGCCGGCUAGUUGGCACAGAAGGGGCAGAAGGAACAGCAACACCAUGUCUCCAAAAAAGGCAAAGAAGAAGACAGAAGGAGGUGGUUCCAAUGUAUUCUCCAUGUUCGAUCAAACCCAGAUUCAGGAGUUUAAAGAGGCUUUUACCAUUAUGGAUCAGAAUAGAGAUGGCUUCAUUGACAAAGCAGACCUGAGAGAUACAUUUGCUGCAUUGGGUCGCUUGAAUGUCAAGAAUGAAGAGCUAGAAGCCAUGGUGCAGGAAGCUCCAGGUGCCAUUAACUUCACUAUUUUCCUGACUAUGUUUGGUGAAAAACUGAAAGGCACGGACCCAGAAGAGACCAUUCUGAAUGCUUUUAAGAUUUUCGACCCAGAAGGAAAAGGCCACAUAAAGGCAGACUACAUCAAAGAAAUGCUUAUGACACAGGCAGACCGAUUCAGUCAAGAAGAGGUCAGCCAGAUGUUUGCUGCUUUCCCUCCAGAUGUCUCCGGUAAUCUUGACUAUAAGAACCUUUGUUAUGUUAUCACCCAUGGUGAGGAGAAGGACUAAGAGGAGAUGAGCUUCUCCUCUGAAGAGAUUUUAUGCUUAGUUAUUUCCCUGUGCUUUUGUAUGGGGGACAGAGAGCUAAGCAUUCAGUGUGCUGAAGCCAUAUGGUCAUCAGAACAGAACCAAUAAAACAAUUGAAAUUAGAUUAAAGUUAUUUAAUGCUUCUGUUUUUAGAAAAGCUGAAAAUACCAAUUUUCUUAGUUUUGCCCAUCCCCAUUUUCCCCCCAGCAGUGGUUUGAAGUGGAAUUUUCUUGACGAACUGGUACUUUCAUGAUUUGACAGUUCUAAUUUUCACCAGAUGGUCCACUGGGCAGUGCAGUGUUGCUUAACUUUUUGUCUUUUAUACAUGAGCUCCACAAACUCAUUGAGAAAUGCUCUAGCUUAUUGCAUUGGGAAGAGCAUUUUGUAAAUAGAAUUCUGUUCCAUUUCACAGCCCCUUACAAUGAAAGUGUAAAUAAAAAAAAUAAGUUUUUGUCUUC